UCACAGGUCACACAUCAGCCGUGUUUCUACAGCAGCCCAAAGGGGUGUUUUAAUGCCAUAUAGGGCCUGAUCGUUACCAAACUCCUCUUUAACUAUUCAUUGGGGACGCAGGUGCCAAGUGUUGGUGUGUGUGUCUCUCAGGCCAGAGGAAGACAUGCUAAUACCGGAGAUAAGAGAACACGUAUCCCUGACCGCCGACAGGAUCCCAAACAUCCAGCAGGAGCACAACACCGCCAGCUUGGGUUGCAUUGGACUGUGUGAAUUCAUGGGAUCUGCUCUCAUCGCCAAGACAAAAGCAGGACCAGACUCUUCACGUCUCGGGAGUUUAUGAGUGAAGAUCAUGUGUUUUGAAGCUUGGAGCUGAUUCCUCCAUCAUCAUCAUUAUGGAUCUUCCUCUUCCGAUGUCCCGGCUGGAUGUGGAUGUGGACCUGGGCUUCGCUCUGUUUUUUCUGGUGCUGCUGUGUUUGUUUCUACUGGUGACAGUGGUCCGCUGCGCUCAGAUGGUCUUGGAUCCGUACAGCGCCAUCUCUGUGUCCACCUAUCAGGAAGAGCAGGUGGAGGGAUGA